AUGGCCGUGAACGGCUACAGCGAGGUAGAGACGACGGAGGAGGAGUGCAAACAGUACGCUCCAGUUGAUGCGGAGAGACAAUCUCUUCUGCCUUCGCCUGAACAGGAGAAUGAUGGUGCCUCCAGCUCCAAGUCUGCUCUUUCUAGUUCACUAUCUGCCAACUCACUUCUUCACUCUCGUUUGCAACUGUCUGCAGCCUUUGCAGCAGGAAUUGUCGCGUGCUUGCUUAUCCAAAUACUUGUCUCUCCCCAGCUCUGGUUCCCACCGCCCAAGGGUGGUAAUUCAGGCUACUCCUCUAGCCAUGCUGGUAUGCAGGCUCCUCCAUACGCCGGUUCCAGCGAGGUGCAUAAAUUUCCACCAGCUUCGCCGACAAAUGUCUUUCCAUCUAUGUUUCCAACGGGUGUGGGCCACGCUGGUCCCACACCAACAGGAGCUGAGCCUGCACUCAUCGCUACCGCUCCUUCUUACCCCCUCCACACUGGUGCCGCGCACCUAGUCUCCCCUGAUUUCACCGCGACCUCAGGUAACAAGAGUCACUUUGACAUAUUCAGGCACUGGGGCAAUUUGUCUCCCUGGUUUAGCGUUGGGCGUGGCGCGUUUGGAGUGGAUUCCAGCCCAGAGGCCCCGGAGACGUGCCGGGUUACUGGGUUGCAUCUCUUGCACAGACACGGUGCUCGGUACCCCACGGAAUUCGCAUCGUAUGGUGGUCCUGCCAAGCUGGCCAUGAAAUUGCAUGAUGCCGCUGCCAAGUGGACGGCUAUUGGUGAUUUGGCAUUCUUGAAUGAAUGGACCUAUAAGCUGGGCGAAGAAAUUUUGACACCCUUCGGAAGACAGCAACUCUACGAUCUCGGUGUCUCAAUGCGCAUCAAAUAUGGAUUUCUGUUGAAGAAUUUUACCGAAUCCAACACGGUACCAGUCUUCCGUACUGAAUCUCAAGAUCGUAUGUUGGCGUCAGCGCGCAAUUUUGCAAUCGGCUUCUUCGGAUAUCCAUUCGAAGGACAGUAUCAGCAGAGUAUCACCAUCGAGGAUCACGGUUACAACAACACGCUUGCUCCAUAUAAGACAUGUCCCAAUGCUGACGACCCUUCGAAAUCGGACCGUGGAGUCGAUUACGUGCGCCAAUGGGCAGCUAUAUACCUCAAGGACGCCCUAGCUCGUAUUGCUCCGCAGCUGGAUGGGUAUGAUUUGACAAUCGAGGACGUGUACACUCUGCAGCAGAUGUGCGCUUACGAGACCGUUGCUAUCGGCUAUUCCCGAUUCUGUGAGUUGUUCACCGAAGAGGAAUGGAAGGGCUUCGACUAUGCGCUGGAUUUAUACUUCUGGUACGAUUCCGCGUUCGGGUCCCCGCUUGCGAAGGUGCUAGGUGUUGGCUAUAUCCAAGAGAUGGUUGCAAGGCUUACACACACGCCGAUCGAGACGCACAACACUUCUACAAACGCAACUUUGGAUGAUAGCACCGCUACAUUCCCCGUGGGACAGAGUCUCUACGUUGAUGCUACCCACGAGGUUGUCGUUCUUCACGUCAUUACUGCGUUGAAUCUCACCACGCUGGCUGCCAAUGGUCCCUUGCCUGCCGAUCACAUUCCUCGUCAUCGCUCCUUCAGGUCGUCUCAUCUCGCACCGUUUGCGACCAACAUCCAGUUCCAGCUACUUUCGUGCAACUCCGUCCCGGAUGCUCAGAUUCGAGUUAUCAUCAAUGAUGGUGUGGUACCUUUGACGGGCAUCAAGGGUUGUCCAGACCAGAAGGAUGGGAUGUGCUCGAUUGACACGUUCGUCGCAGGCCAGAAAGAGAUCAUCAGUGAGACGGAUUGGUUGUACGGCUGCCACGGUGAUUGGACAGUCCCUCCUGGUCCGGAAUGGAACACGACGAUCGGCUCUCCGCCUGCGCCGUAG